AUGGCCGACGAAGAGGUGCAGAUCGAUGAUUUCGGCGUCGACCAGGAUGCGCUGAAGGACUUUCUCGGCGGCACCGGCUUUGGCAAGCAGAAGCUCACCGCCGACGUCCAGGCGCAAAUCGACAAAUCCAAGCGCAAGCCCGCCAAAGACGACUCCGACUCGGACAAGGACAGCGACGACGACAGCGACGACGACGAUGACGAGGACGAAUUCCCCACCUCGCAUGAGAUGGUCAUCAAGACCCACGACCGAGCCAUCACCACCAUAGCCCUCGACAAGUCCGGCAACCGCCUGGUCUCAGGCUCCACCGACUGCAACAUGAAGUUUCAUGACUUCUCCAACAUGACUCCCACAACCAUUCGCGCAUUCAAGUCGGUAGACCCCACUGCCACCAAGCAGACUACCAACGUCGAGGCCCACCCAAUCCACCACAUUGCCUUCAAUCCCAACUACGCGAACCAGAUGCUCGUCGUCACUGCGACUCCCCAACCCAAGAUAUUCAGCAGGGACGGCGAGGUUAUCACCGAGUUUGUGAAGGGUGAUAUGUACCUGCGCGACAUGCACAACACCAAGGGCCAUGUGUCGGAGGUGACGACUGGCUGUUGGCACCCUACCAAUGCCGACUGGUGCGUCACUGCCGGCACCGACAGCACGCUGCGCAUAUGGGACGUGAACAACAAGCGCUCCCAGAAGGAGGUCAUUGUACACAAAUCGAAGCUAGCUGGCUCUGGCGGUCGCACCCGCAUGACGGCUGUGGCUUGGUCCACGCCCGUUCAAGGAGGCCCUAACCUGCUAGUCGCGGCUGCGUUCGACGGAAGUCUGGUCAUGUGGAGUGGCGAUGGUCCGUUUUCCCGUCCAGCGGGAGAAGUUAGAGACGCCCAUACCCCUGACACUUGGACCGGCGGGCUGGACAUCAGUCCGGACGGAAGGACGGUCGUUACUCGGGGCGGAGAUGAUACCAUCAAGCUAUGGGAUACGCGCAAAUUCAAGCAGCCCAUCUCGACUGUCGCCCACCCCUCAACAUCGUCGCAAUUCCCCAGCACCAACAUCCGCUUCUCCCCCACCGGCGCGAACAUCAUUACCGGCUCGGAAUCGGGCCACCUCCACAUCCUGAACCCGGCAACCCUGCGGCCGGAACUCGUCACUCCUGUGACGCCAGGGUCGCCGCUGAUCGUUGUGCAAUGGCACGAGCGGCUAAAUCAGAUCGUCACCGGCUCAGCCAACGCUGAGACGCACGUGCUGUACAACCCGGAAAUGUCGCAUCAAGGAGCCAAGAUGGUGAUGAGCAAGGCGCCGAAGAAGCGGCACAUCGACGACGACCCGGCUCUCACAAUGGACCUGUCGCAGGGCGUGUCGGCCGACAGCAUCGUCACGCCGGGUACGCAGUCGGCGACCAGCUUCGCGGCACGGCAUCCGACGGUCGGGCUCACGGCAUCGGGCAAGCCGCGCGAUCCGCGCAGGCCCCACAUUCCGCAGACCACGCCCUUUGCCAAGAGCCAGCCAGAUUCGGAGCACAUUCGCAAGAACAUCCCGCUUAGCUCGAUGCGCGAGGAGGAUCCGCGGGAGGCGCUGCUCAAAUACGCGGAGAAGGCCGAGAAGGACCCCCUUUUCACCAACGCCUGGAAGGAAACCCAGCCCAAGACCAUAUAUGCCGAUCUUAGCGACGAGGAAGAAGACGGGCCUGACAAGAAAAAGGUCAAACGCGCCCGCCGCGCGACCCCCACGCCCGACCUCACUCCUCCGCCGCCGACACCCCAGACGGGCAACCUCCGUAGCCAGCGCGAACACCCUAAACCACCCCAGCAGCACCGAGCUGCCAUGAUUCUCCCCAGCGCAGCGCAAGCGCCGCUGCACCAAGCCGUCGCCCACGCUGCCGUCGCCGCCGCGACCCACGCCGCCGCCGCCAUUUCUUCUUCUGCCGCUUCCACGCCAACGCCGUCACCAUAUCCCUACCCGCCCACCAACAACACCCUAGCAGGCCAUGAGGGAGACAACUCGGAGCAGGGCGACUGGUCGUCCAUCAUCGGCAUCACCACCGCCAUCAUCGGCAACAUUCUCAUCUCCUUUGCGCUCAACACGCAAAAGUAUGCACAUCUGCGCCUCGCUCGCGAGGCCGAGGAGCGGCGGCAGCUGCGGCGCAAGCGCAACCAAGCCGGCAUGCAGAUGAACCCGGAUGAGAUGGUCAAGGCGAACGCGAAGGCGCGCAAGAUCCUGGGCUUCAAGCUGGGUAGCGACGGCGUCGAGGACGAGAUUGACGACGACGACGAGCCGCGCGAGACGGACGCAUUGCUCGGGGAUGGGCGACACAGCCACGACGUGGAUCGGGCGGCGGCAGGCAGCGACGAAGAGGACAUGGCGAACCUGGAGGCGCAGGCGAAGCGGCUGCGCAAUCCGCGGAAGGGGGGCCAGCAGACCAGCUACCUGGAGAGUCCGUACUGGUGGAUCGGCAUCGUGCUCAUGAUCGUGGGCGAGGCGGGCAACUUCCUGGCCUACGGCUUCGCGCCCGCGUCCAUCGUGUCGCCGCUCGGCGUCGUCGCCCUCAUCUCCAACUGCAUCAUCGCCCCCAUCAUGCUGAAGGAGCCCUUCCGCAAGAGGGAUGCGCUUGGCGUGCUGAUCUCCAUUGGUGGCGCCGUCACGGUCGUGCUGAGCGCGCAGGAUAACAAUCCGAAGCUGGGCCCGCAUGAGAUUUGGGAGCUCAUUAAGACGUGGGAAUUUGAGACGUAUUUCGGCGUGACGCUGAUUACCAUAUGCGGGUUGAUGUGGGCGAGCACGAGAUAUGGCAAAAAGAGCAUUUUCAUCGAUCUGGGUCUGGUUGGCUUAUUUGGUGGAUAUACCGCUCUCUCCACCAAGGGCGUGGCCUCGAUGCUUUCCUACACCCUGCUUCACGCCCUGACGUUCCCCGUGACUUACCUUCUGGUCGCCAUCCUGGUCUUCACUGCUGUCAUGCAGAUCAAAUAUCUCAAUCGUGCAUUGCAACGCUUUGAUGCCACUCAGGUCAUUCCUACGCAGUUCGUCCUCUUCACGCUUUCCGUGAUUCUUGGAUCAGCCGUUUUGUACCGCGAUUUCGAGCGCACGAAUGGCAAAGGCGCCGGCGAAUUCGUCGGCGGUUGCCUCAUGACUUUCCUGGGUGUGUGGGUCAUCACGACGGGACGACCAAAAGACGAUGACGACGAGGAAGAAGAGGACGAGGAGGAAGAGGAGCAUGAGGAAGUCGAGCACGAGCACGCGAUCAACCUCGGAGCCGAGGAAUACGGCGACGACGAGGUCCACUACGGUCCCACGGGCGGCUACUCCAACGACAUCUCAUCCAUGUCAGCCCUCACGCCCUACGCAUCCGCCGGCUCGCACCACCGCCGGCCUUCGGUGCACCGCCUCAGCACGCCGCACAUCACCUUCACAUCCGAACCGCCCUCGCAGGCCGUCACCGUGGCCACGACGCCCGCCGGCGGCCUCGACAUGGGCGACGACGACUACUCGCUCACGGCCAACCCCUGGGCCGACGAGUCGCUCAUCUCCAGCCUCACGGCCAACAGCAACAACCGCGGCGGCAACGCGCCGCCGCUCCGCCACGCCACCAUGUCCUCGCCCAUCCUCCCCUCGGAAGCCGAGGCCCUCGAACAGCGCCCUUCGUCACGCCGCCGCGACACUUCGCCCGGCGCCUCGACCUCCGCCGCCCAGGGGCAGCACCGCUCGUCGUCGCAAGAACAGCCUCAACGCCCGGCAACGCCCCCUGGACCUGGCCACCUCCGCCGCAAAUCCCUCACGACGCCCUCGCCCAGCAAGAAGCCGUCAUCCGACCACCUCGCCCAGCCCAGCCCGCGUGUCCGUCCUGCGCAAACCGAACCAGCAACUCCGUCAUCUCUUGCCACCCCCUCUGCCGCCGCCAGGACACCGUCUUCCUCCUCACACGCCCACCUCAAACGCGGCUCCAUCUCCCUCGUCCCCGGGCCCCUGACCAGCCCCCUCAGCUCAUCCCUGUCCGCCGUCGUCGCGGAUAGCUUGCGCAAGGGCGUCGAGAUGCGCAGCCUGGCCGCGAGUACCGGCAGUCAUGGCGGUGGUCAGUAUCACACUAUCCACGGCCGGCCGAGGCGGAAUACGAAGGAUGCUGUGGACGGCGCAGGUGUUGGAGGCGGAGGUAUUGGUGGGUUCGGUGGUUGGUUGACGCAUGGGUCUAGCGUGGCGGGGCCGAGGGAUGGGGCGAGCGAUGCGAGUGCGGCGGUGGCGAGGAGGAGGAGUAGGGGGGUUAGUCAGAGUGAGGGGGUUAGUGGUGUUGUUGGUGCGGGAGAAGGUGGUGGGGAGCAGCAAGGUGGUGGGAGGGCGAGGAGUUUGAGUAAUCCGUUUGGUGCGUUGUUGAGGAAGGUUAGGAGUAGGGGGGAUGGAGUGGCGGAGGAGGAGGAGCAGAGUGGGAGUGGGAGUGGGAGUGGCGCGGGAACGGAGGUGACGAGUGAGGAGGGGUCGGGGGCUGUGACGCCGGUUCCUGCUCCUGCUCCUGUUGUUAGGGAGACGGCGGCGGUGGUGGAGGAGGAGGAGAGGAGCGCGGGUGAUGAGGAGCAGAGGAGGAGUGCUGAGUGA